AACAUUUUAACUUUAUUGAUUUCAAAUCAAUGUAACAUAUUACAUGAAACAAAAGAUACAUAAAACAUGUUAGUAUAUGUCUAUAUUUUUAUUGAAUGUAUUUGCGUACAUUUCAAUACAGCAUGAGUUAGAAAAAAAUGAAAACGCUUGGUGGUAAAAAAGAAAACAAAAACGAAGGGUUGUUAAAAAAACAAGGAAUCUUGAAGGAGGACAAAGACACACGUCGCAAGGGAUAAGUGGAGGAUAAGAAGAAAACCAUGAAAACCGCUGUUCUUGUAAGAGAAGCCGCUAAAACCAAUUUCAGGCUUUGACUGUUCGUUCACAACAAAGCGCCCCAAAAGGAGCGUUGCUUUUACUCUCUCUCCACCUAUAUAUAAACAACACACCUCCCUUCCUCUUCCAUCUUCAAUUAUCACACCACUCCUCUCUCCCCUUCUCCUCCGUUAUUUUAGUUAUGGCCAAGAUUGGUUUGAAACCCGACCCGGUUAACAAUAAUGCCAAGGAGAUUCGUUACAGAGGCGUUAGGAAGAGGCCAUGGGGCCGUUAUGCCGCUGAGAUCCGAGAUCCGGGUAAGAAAACCCGGGUCUGGCUCGGUACUUUCGAUACCGCUGAAGAGGCGGCGCGUGCUUACGAUGCGGCGGCGCGUGAUUUCCGUGGAGCCAAGGCUAAGACCAAUUUCCCGAAUUUUCUCGAGCUGAGUGAGAAGGUUCCGGCUGCCGGCGGCGCUUUCGAGCGUAGCCCUAGCCAGAGCAGCACCCUUGACUGCCCUUCUCCUCCGAUGAUGGUCACUCCGGCGAUUGCUGAGAUUGUUCCGCCGCAGCUCGAGCUUCGCCUCGGCGGCUAUCAGAUCCCGAUGGCGCGUCCUCUUUACUUCUUGGACGUUAUGGGAGUCGGCAACGGAGGUCGUGCUCAGGCUCCGGUGACGUCGGUUUUUAGGUCACCGGCGAUGCAUGUAGCUACAAAGGUGGCUCAGAGCGACUCUGAUUCGUCGUCGGUUGUUGAUUUUGAUGGUGUGAUGGAGAAGAGAUCUCAGCCGUUGGAUCUAGAUCUAAACUUGUUUCCUCCGUCGGAACAGGCCUGAACUUAUGGUCGUGGUCGUGUUCAUUGACGACGCGCAUGCGGUGUUUUCGUUUGGGAGCUGAGAGAAUCUGUUUCCUCGUAGUUUUUUUUCCCCUCUCAUUCUAGAAUAAUUAUUAUCGGUUUAAAAAAAAACUUAAAUCGGGAGAGAAGAAUAUAAUUUUAGCUGACAUGGAUCGUUAUGUACAUAUUAUUACAUAACUGGAGAUCUGAACUUUUGUUGUGUGCUUUUUUGCGACUUGGUUUCACCAUGUUGUUUCCUCUGUAGCCUUUAAUUUUGUUAUUUCAUAAUUAAUAUCAAUAAUUUGAUCAUCUUCAUAAGUUUUUGUCAUCUUUGCUUUAGAAACAAAGCCCAAUUACAUGUCAUCUUCUCAAUUAUGUUCAUCUAAUUUUCAGACUUAUUGGGAUAAAAUUACUUAUUUUUCUCUCUGCAUUGGUUUAUUAAAAUUCUUAAAUUAAUUUAGUUAUUUUAGGCAAUGGUUUGGCAUAAAUCGUAAAUAUAACCAGAGCUGUAAUAUAUACUAUAAUUUAAAGACAUAUUGGGAUAAAAUUACUUGUUUUUCUCUUGGCAUUGGUUUCUAAAAAAUCUUAAAUUAAUUUGCAAAAAUCGUAUAUAUAUAUAGAGAGAGAG